CAGUUACACACAAUCACACAAACGAAAGUCGAAAACCACCCACCUUCAAGGAGAACGUAGGCCUAGUUAGCUCCAAAUCCAAAACCAAAGUUCUAUUUUAAUUAAUAUUUUUAUGGUUUAAUAUAAAGCUAUAUUACUCUUUAAAAUGGAUGAUGAAGUUCAAUUGGAUGGUGAUUUAGACGUUGGCGAUAAUUUAAUUGUAAUUGAUUUGAUGAAUGUUGACCCCAAUGUCCAGGUGGAGGUCAAUAAUCUGCAGGAGGUAGUUGUAAUAUCUGAGAUUCAGAAAGGUGUUGAACAGAAAAACAAAGAUGGACAAGAGCCAACGCCAGAGAGUAGUAGGCCUACUGAAUGUACUCAUAUUGAUGAUGAUGAUGAUGAUGAAUGUUUUAGCAAACAGUAUUCACGUUUCUACCAGAUAUGCUUGAAAGAAACGGAUGGAUCGACAAAGAACCCAACAGAGAAUGAUAUUUCGACAGUGAAUAACAAACCGGAAAUGGUGCCCCCUUCAACAAACAGCUCAAUCAAACUCGAUAGUGGAACACAAAUAAACAUUAAUGAAGCUAACAGUGAUAAUGAAAAUACUAACGAUUCAUUGAAAAAAUCGAGUACGAUCAGAAAGAAGGUACAGCCAAGUGAAAAUGAUAACAAAACGCAAUCGGAAAAACAAAAAAAUGGAAAAUCUUACACCUGUGAGUUUUGUGAUUUCAAAACAGCUACCUCCGCAUCUUUGGUACGACACCAUAGAAGACAUACAGGCGAAUACACCUGUCAAUUCUGUAAAUAUAAAGCAAGCACAAAGUCACACUUGAAGCGGCAUUUCAGAAUACAUUCUGGUGAAAAACCUUUUAGCUGUGAUAUUUGUGACUUUAAAAGUAUUUCAAAAAGUAAUUUGAUAACACACCAGAGAAAGCACACUGGUGAAAAACCUUUCAUCUGUGAUCAGUGUGAUUAUAAGAGUCAUAGUCCAUCUUACUUCAAGAACCACCUAAGAAGGCAUGAGGGAGUGAAACGGUACAGCUGCACGUUUUGUGACUACAAAUGCGAUGAUGCAAGUCUUCUGAAAAAUCAUAUCAGAUCGCACACUGGCGAGAAACCUUUUGAAUGUCAGCUUUGUGGGAUGGCUUUCUCUCUAAAGAAUAGUCUUCAAUCUCAUAUCAAAAGGCAUAAAGGCGAAAAAAGCCUCAGCUGCCAGUUGUGUGAGUACAAAUGCUACAAAGGAAAUGAACUGAAGAGGCACAUCCUAACUCACACUGGCGAAAAACCUUUCAAAUGUCAGUUUUGUGAGUUGACCACCACUAAGAAAUGGUAUUUGAAGAAACAUCUCAUGAAGAAUCAUUCAGAUUCAACAGAGAUUGAAGAAAUUACAAGAGACAAGGAUCUUUCACCAGUGAACAGCGGACAGGAAAUAGUAUCUCCUACAACGAACAGCGCAUCUGAACCUGAUAAUGGAAUACUAUUAAAAGUUACUGAAGCCAAAUGUGAUAAUGGGGAUACUAACACUCCAUUGAAAAAACUGCGCUCUAUCAGAAACAAGCUUCAGCCAAGUGGAAGUGAUUCCAGGGAGCACUCGGAAAAACAUUUUAAUGAAACAUCUUACACCUGUGAGUUAUGUGAUUUCAAAACCGUUGUAUUGGAUAAUUUGGUACAACACCGUAGAAAACAUGCAGGUGGAUACAGCUGUCAGCUCUGUAAUUAUAAAGCGGCCACCAAGUCUCGCUUGAAGCGGCAUUCCACAGUACAUUCCGGAGAAAAACCUUUCAGCUGCGAUAUUUGUGACUUUAAAACUAUAUCAAAAAGUAAUUUGAUAAUACACCAAAGAAAGCACACUGGUGAAAAACCUUACAAAUGUGAAUUAUGUGAUUUCAAAACAGCUAAUUCGGCUAGUUUGGUACGACACCGUAAAAAACAUACCAGUGAAUGCAGCUGCCAGUUCUGUAAUUAUACAGCAACUACUAAGACUCAUUUGAAACGGCAUUCCAGAGUGCAUUCCGGUGAAAAACCUUUUAGUUGUGAUAUUUGUGACUUUAAAAGUAUUUCAAAAAGUAAUUUGAUAACACACCAGAGAAAGCACACUGGUGAAAAACCUUUCAUCUGUGAUCAGUGUGAUUAUAAGAGUCAUAGUCCAUCUUACUUCAAGAACCACCUAAGAAGGCAUGAAGGAGUGAAACGGUACAGCUGCACGUUUUGUGACUACAAAUGCGAUGAUGCAAGUCUUCUGAAAAAUCAUAUCAGAUCGCACACUGGCGAGAAACCUUUUGAAUGUCAGCUUUGUGGGAUGGCUUUCUCUCUAAAGAAUAGUCUUCAAUCUCAUAUCAAAAGGCAUAAAGGCGAAAAAAGCCUCAGCUGCCAGUUGUGUGAGUACAAAUGCUACAAAGGAAAUGAACUGAAGAGGCACAUCCUAACGCACACUGGCGAAAAACCUUUCAAAUGUCAGUUUUGUGAGUUGACCACCUCUAAUAAAUGGUAUUUGAAGAAACAUCUCAGGAAAAAGCAUUCAGUUUCAACAGAGGUUGAAGAAAGUUGCGGCGAAACACAUCCCUCAUCGGAAGUGGAGAUAGGCCUACCCGUAGUGGCAGUGGCUCCUAUACUGAGCAGCAGCACCUUCAAACUCGACAAUGGAAUAGAAAUUGUAGUUACUGUUGCCAACAGCCACAAUGAGGAUACCCUACCACCACCUCAUUAAAAAAAGUUUAGCCAAGUGCAAGUGAUUCAAGAAAGCACUUGAAAAAUGAUUAACAAACUCGAUUACAUAGAAAUUAAACUGAUUCAACAUACAAAAAUUAUCUUGAGUGUUUUUUUUUACUCUUGAAUUUUUAGAUUUUGGAAAACCAUGUCAAAUAAAAAAAAUCUCAAUCACUGGAAA